AUGCCACUGGUCAAGUCCAAAGGUAGAACAAAUCCAACAAAGCAGCGGGCAGAAACAGCCAAAAAAGGUAACCAACAGAAAAAUGUGAGACAGAAUGGUUCCAAGGCAUCGCGGCCUCCCUCUGAAGUGCCCAAUAGAAAACAAAAAGGAAAAGGGAAUUCACCAACUCUGAAGGAUGGAAACACAGGUGAAGUGAGGUGUGGUAAAAAGAAUGCAGCAAAUGGUAUAUCACAACAUGAGAAAGACAAUAAGCUUACAGGGGCCGUAACCAAGACCAAACUCAAAAGUCCAUCAAAAACACUCACUACAAAACCAGGGAGAAUCAACAAGCACCUCACCAAGCUUGAAAACAAGAGAAGUGACAAAUUGACAGAAAGUGAGGAGGAGGAGGAGGAGGAGGAGGAGGAGGAGGAAUCUAAGAGCAUUGCAGGAAGCUCAGUGGAUGCAACUGAGAAGGAAACAAGUAACGAUGAGAAGGAGGAGGACUGGGAGAGUACUGACCAACCAGUUGAGACACAGGAGAGCAAGCAGAGCAGUGAGGAGGAGGCUGAGGCAUCGGAUACUCAAGGAGAUACAGAAGAGACAGCAAAUAGGGAAUCAGACAAAGAGUUUUCAGAGGAAGCCGAAUCCAGAAGUAACUCAGAGGAUGAACUAGUCACAUCCAUUGCAAAGGAAGAAGAAAAGGAUAAGGAAGUUGAAGUACUUGAGGCUACAAUCAGUGAUGGGAGUGAAGACAAGGAGAUAACCCAAGAGGACACAUCUGAAAAGCCAACAGUUGAUAAAGCCUGCAGAAGACGCAGACAGACUCCACAUUCCUCAAAACCUACAAAAGAGCCAAAAUACAAGAUGUUCAAAAAAACAAAGGCAGAUAAGCAGGCUGAGAAAAAAGAAAAACAGCAGACCAAAGCAGAAAAGAAAAGGUUAGAAAAAGAAGCCAAACAAAAAGCCAAGGAAGAGAGACUGAACAAAAAGAAGACGCAGAAAGAAGACAAAGCCAGCUCUGCAACAGAGGAUAUUCAAUCACUAAAAGAUGUUUCCCUGAACAAGUCUCAUACAGCAAAAGGCAAGACCCAAUUAGCAAACAAGAUAAAAAAUAUCAACAAGAGAGAUUCUCUUGUAGUAGCUGAUCCAGAAGAAGAGGAGGAAGCUGAACCAAACUUGUCCAAAGCCAUUAAAGGCCAAAACCAAAUAAUGCUUCUCAAAGCCAAAGGUAAAGACCUCAAAGCCAUUCUGGAGCCUGAGGAGCAGCAGGAUGCAGGAAGUGUUGUGAAAGGGCAGCCACAGAGUUUGCUUUUGGGGAAGGUCAAGAUGGCAUCUCUCCGAGACAAAGCAAGUAAGAUGUUAGCAAAGCCUGAUGAAGAAACAUCAGUGAGUGAGGCCAUUGAUGGGGGGUCCCGCAAACCCAAGGAAGGUUUGAUAGCAUGUAAAAAAGGUUUGCCAACCCUUCAUCGAAUGUCUGGUUGGAUUCAGAAGAAAAUGCCGGGGCGGUUAAACUUCAGAAAGAAGCUUUCUGCUUGGACUAAAGCCAUUGGGGUCUCUCACUGGCUCUCCCUUCGGGCCAUAAAACAGAAACAAAGCAAAUCCAAAGGCAAUAUUCUCAAACACAGGAUGGCCAUGAGAGUUGCCAGUAAAACCAGCCUGGCCAGUAGGAAAAACAAGACCUGCUCUGAGGAUAAAAUGGCCAAAGAGAAAGGCAGCCUCCAAGGAAAGGCAGGGGAGGGAGGGGAAGAAGGAGUCCCAGCUGGAGAGAAAGAGGUAGAGGCCAAAUAUGCUGUGGUACUGCCCAGGAUGAACAAGCUGGGGAAAGCAAAGACUGUUGCAGUGGCCCCAGCAGCUCCUGAACCUUCCACUCCAUCAAGUCCCACUGAAUCACCAGGAGAGCCCACUACCACAGAUCCAAAACUGCCAAAACCAGGUGCUAGGCUUGUACUCCCUGUCAAACCAGACCUCAGCCUCCUGAAGUCCAUCAAAAAGCCUUUGCUAGGAGGAUUAACAUCAGAUGGGGAUGUUGCAGGGAGGAUCCCUGGGUCCAACGAUACACUUGAAGGAUCAUCCAACUCUAAGGACAGAGACAGGAGAGCUACCUUUGACAAUCAAAAUGGAGUCAGUGUGCUGCAGGCUGCAAGAGGGAAACUGGACGCCUCCCAGAUCAACCUGUCCAAGAUCUCCUUGUCAGGUGGAACGAUAGGUGGUGGACCGACUCGGGCCAAAGGACCAGAGCCAGGGAGAGUGGAUACAGCUGGGACAACCACUCAGCCUUUUCCUAAUGGAGAGGCAAAUGCUGUUAUGUCUAGGGUUUGCUCCUUGUAUGAAGAAGAGGCAGACAGGGAAGUAGCCCAGCUGAUGGGUGUGGACAGUAUUUAUCCUAUCACCCAACCAGAGGUGCACUGGGCUGGGAACCCACGGAUGAGUGGAGACCCUCAGGACUGGCUACGUGGCGGGAAUCUGUUGCCCCACCAGACAGUGGAGAAACUAAGCAAACGGACAGUGUAUGACGAUGGAGGCCAGGUCAAGACUGUUUCUGCCCACAUUGGCAGGGGCCCAUGGGAAUCAGAGGACCCCACACAAGAGAUGUUGGAGAGUCGACUACUCAGCACACAGGUGGUGAUUCCAGGCAGCAAAAGAGCUGUAGAGGUAGAUGAGGUGGAGGAUCUGUCUCAGCUGGAGGAGGUGUGUGAGAGCUCUGUGCUUCUUAAUCUGAAGAAGAGGUUCCACCGUGACUGUAUUUAUACUUACAUUGGAAACAUGCUACUGUCCAUCAACCCCUUCAAGCCCCUUAACAUCUACACAGAUGAGCUGCGACAGAAAUACCAGGGCAAAGAGCAGCAGAGAAAUCCACCCCAUGUGUACGCAAUAGCUGACUACACCUUCACCCAGUCUCAAGCCUUCACACAGGAGCAGUGCAUCAUUAUAAGUGGCCAGAGUGGUUCAGGGAAGACUGAAGCUACCAAGCUGAUAGUUCACUACCUCAGCUCCAUGUAUCAGGGCAGAAACAACAAUCUGCGACAGCCAAUGGAAGUCUUUCCUAUCCUGGAAAGUUUUGGGAAUGCCAAGACCAUCCUCAACAACAACUCCAGCCGCUUCGGAAAGUACCUCCACAUCCACAUUCUCCAUGGGGUUGUUGUAGGGACCUCAUUGUCCAGAUAUCUCCUUGAGAAGUCCAGGGUUGUAUUUCAGGCCAGUGAGGAGAGGAACUUCCAUGUGUUUUAUGAGCUGCUGGCAGGUAUGAACGACUGGGACAAACAGGAGCUCUACCUGCAGGGAGCUGAGACCUAUUACUACCUAAACCAAGGUGGUGCUUGUGACUUGAACGGGAAGCAAGACAAACAGGAUUUCCAACUUUUGGUUCAGUGCUUUGAGACCAUCGGCCUCCAUGCCGACCAGGUCUCCACUGUCUGGGCCAUCCUGUCCUCCAUUCUGCAGCUCGGCAACAUCUGCUUCAGCUCUUAUGAGAGUGAGUCCUUUGAGGUGUCCCGAAUCUUCAGUGAGACUGAGGCCAGGAGGGUCGGCUCCUUAUUGCAGAUUUCGUCCGAGGCCCUGCAGACUGUCAUCACUCACAGAGUCACAGAGACGACAUAUGACAGGAUCUACUGCCCUUUAUCUGUGGAAAGUGCCAUAGAAUCCAGAGAUGCCAUUGCCAAAGCCUUGUAUUCAGUGUUGUUUGACUGGUUGUUGGAGCAGAUCAAUGACUGGCUGAGUCCCACAGAGAUGGACAGUACAGUGGGGAUAGUGGACAUCUAUGGGUUUGAGGACCUGGGAGUGAACAGCUUUGAGCAGCUGUGUAUCAACUUUGCCAAUGAGCAGCUGCAGCACUUUGUCAGCAAGGCAGUGAUCUCUCAGGAGCAGGAGGAGUACAGUGCAGAACAGAUCCAAUGGUAUUCAGUGCCACUCAAGAACCUCCACUCCUGUCUGGAGCUGAUCUCCUCUAGACCACAUGGCAUCCUCCGCAUACUGGACGACCAGACCUGGCUUCCUCAGGCCACUGACCACACUUUCCUCCAGAAGUGCCACUACCACCAUGGGAACAGUCCCUACUAUGCCAAGCCCAAGAACCCACUUCCAGUCUUCACUAUUUAUCACUAUGCUGGAGCUGUCACCUAUCAGGUCCACAAUUUCCUGAAUAAAAACCACGACCAGUUCCGGACAGAAGUGGUGGAGCUUUUUGCCAGGAGUCGGUUAAAGAUGGUGUCAGAGCUGUUCCGGAAGGUUCAGGACGGUUACAUUCAGCAGAGAGAGCUGGGCUGGAGAGGGAAGGGCCUCCGCCAGCAGCCCUCCACUGCUGCCUCACACUUCCUCCAGUCCUUAACUGAACUCACCACCCGUCUGGAGAGAUGCAAAACCAUGUUUAUCCAUUGUCUGAAGCCAAACUAUAUCAAGCUUCCAGGGAUCUUCGAUGUGGACUAUGUGUCAGCUCAGCUGAAGCAUGCAGGGAUGCUGGAGACUAUCCACAUCAGGAAAGAGGGUUUUCCCAUACGGUUUCAAUACUCCUACUUCAUCGAAAGAUAUGGGGUUCUGCUGACCCAGCGGCUGAGUGAGAUGUCAGACAGAGAGCAGACAGUGGCUCUGCUGGAAAUGGUUGGUGCAGAAGAGGAACACUACCAACUGGGCCUCACCAAGGUGUUCCUCAAGGAGCUUUUGUAUCAGCAGCUGGAAGAGAAGUGGAGCAAAACUCAGACCUGGGCUGCCAUCACCAUCCAGAGGAACAUUAGGGGCUUCCUCUGCAGGAGGAACUUCAAGUUCUUCAAACAGAAAGCCAUCAUCAUCCAGAGCCACAUUAGAGGACACCAGGCCAGGAAAUACUACAAGCGUCUGAAGCAGUCCUUCACCCAGUUCUGGGCAGUGAUGCUGGUAACUCGAGACACCAUCAAGAGACGUCACUGGAGAAAGCUCGAGGAAUUUCAUGAGAAUAACAAAGUAAAAACAGUGACAAAGACCAAGUCUGUCUCUCCAGGAAUGGAUGUGGGCAUGUUGGAGAUCCCUGCUGAGCUGUCAGCCAGGCUCCGCAGCGCAGCAGGGCGGCAGCAUCUAUCAGGGGUCACAGAGGCCGCACCUCCACAGGUGAAGGCUGAACACAAGCUCACCCUACCUCUGGAUAUCGACAGAUACCCAUUCUCUCGCUAUGCCAAGUCCUUAUUAAAGGAUACAUGGUGCCAGCCUCAGGGAUACCCCCUUCAGAGACCCCUCACCUCUCUGGAGCCUGAAGAUGCCAGGACUGCCCUGGAAAUUUACAAACUGAUCUUGCGGUUUACAGGUGAAUCGGACCUCAGCAGCUGGCAGGAGCAGAUUUUGGGGAACUACAUAGUGGAGAAGGGCCAGAGCCGGCCAGCUCUAAGGGAUGAGAUCCUGGCCCAGCUAGUUUACCACACGUGGUCCCUGCAGGAGGAGCAGGAGAGCCUGAGGGGCUGGCUGCUGCUGGCUUGUUGCCUCAGUGCCUUCACGCCCUCACCAACGCUGGACAAACCCCUGCUCAAGUAUGUGUCUGACCACGGUCCAGAGGAGUAUUGCUCACUGUGCCAACACAAACUGCUGACAUCUCUGCAGCUCCCAGCUCCCGCUGCCCGCAUCUAUCCCCCCACCCAGCUGGAGUGGACGUCCAACCAGAGGAAGGGCACCAUGCUGCUGGAUGUAAACACCUACAAUGAUGAGAAGCUAACAACACAGGUGGAGUCAUGGACAACUGGAGAGCAGCUGGCCUCAUGGCUUCUCCAUUUCAGAGGUGUGUCAGAGGCGGUGCAGGGCUGGUCGGUGUCUCUUCUGACCGAUGAGGGCUGGUCAGAUCUGGCUGGAUCAGACUUUGUCAUGGAUCUCCUGGCUGGAGCGGAAGCUGAAGUGCUGCCUCCACCAGGCACGCCCUCUUCUACAAACUCUGACUACCUGUUCAGCGGCCACAGAAACAGGAUAUCAGCUACAAAUAUGGGCGACUUCAUCCCACCAGCACCUCCAGUGCAAGCCCCUGGACUGCCUCCUAGUGAGGGAAGCCCCUGGGGAAUAGAUUAUCCACAGGAAGGGCGCCGUCGACAGAUGGAUGCCUACGUUGAUGACUUGUUUGAUCCUGUGUUCGACCAAGGACCUCCGGACAUGGAAAGAGUAGCCAUGCUAAACCGCAGGAUGAGAGGAGGAGGAGGGAUUGGACCCAUGCAGCCUGGCAUGUAUGGAGCUGGUAUGACAAUGCCAAGCUAUCCUAUGGGAAUGCCAGUUAACCCCUCGAUGCCCAUGAUGCCAACCAUGACGCCUAUGCCAACCAUGCCAGCCAUGAUGAUGCCUCAGGCCAUGCCUGCUCCUUCUGACCCCAUGCAGAUAGCAGCAACACAGCAGGCCCUCAUCAACCAGCAGGCAUUUCUCAUGGCCCAGCAGAUGACCCAGCAGGCAAUGACUCUGUCCCAACAGCAGGCGCAGGAGCAGCAGAGGAAGCAGGAGCAGCAGCGGAGGAAGGACGAGCAGAGACAGAGGGAGCAGGAGAGAAAGCAAGAGGAAGAGAGACACCGGAGACGUCGGUCUGAUCGGCGCUCCAGGGAACGCUCGCCCUCUCGCUCGCCCUCCCCUCGAUCUCCUUCACCCCCACCUGCCAAGCCCAGAACACCCUCAACUAAACGCACCUCCACUUACAGGCAACCUGAGCCAGAGCCAGAGACAGAAGUGGACCUACCAGAUCCAGAUGACCUGCAGUCUUUCAGAGAAAAGAGGGAAUACUUCCAAAAGAUUGGCACAAAGCCCCGAGGUAAACCCAAAUCUCCAAAGCCUCAGCCGGCCAUCUCCAGCCCACCCAGACAGCAGCAACCCUCCCCACCAUUAGAUCGUCCAUCACCCCCACCUACAGCACCUAAGCCUGAUGUGAGACGCCACCGCAACCCUCCUGUUAAGGAAGCAGACCCCCCCAAACCAAUGCCCUCCGAGCCUCGGCUGGAACCCACCUCCAACAUCCGAGAGAUCAUCAAACAGUACAACAGCCGACCUCCGCCAGAGCCCAAACCCUUUGAGCCUGUCAGACCUCAUAUGAGGCAUUUUGUAAAGAAGAGUGACCCCAAAGAGGAAGCGCUGGCCAAACUCAAAAACAAAGGACCAAUGCCACAACAGAAGAAAAACUGGGUGCCUCCUCCACCACCAGUCAAACCUAAACAGGAGCAGCCUCCUCCCAGGACCCCACCCUCACCUCCCUCUACCAGGAGAUCCCAAGUCAUCUCCAGCAACAUGAAGCAGAAGCAGCGCUCUCUGGAAGACCUGUUUGGCUCCCAGCGCUUCCAGCCCCCUCCGCCUCCUCCUCCUGACUCCCCACCACCUCCUCCAAACUCAGAAUCUAUCCUGCAGGACAUCCCCGAGCCACCAUCCAUGGUUGCCCCAUCUCUCAAUAUGAUGCCGGAUGAGGACGGCAUUCAGUCCCAGCUCUAUUGCUUUUCUGCUGGUGUCUACUUCUCUUACUCCAACAUGCCAGGAAAACUGUUCAUGCGAAAAGAAGUGUUUUAUCCUAGAGAGAUGUUCAACCAGCCCUACAUCCUCAAUCUGUUAUGCGAACAGAUCAUGAGGGACACAUACUCUGACAGCUGUGUGAGGAUCAGCAGAGAAGAGAGGAGGAAGAUGAAGGAUCUGCUAGCAAAUUUCAAUGUGGGAACCACUAUAAGCACCAUCCAGGAUGACAACAUGAAGAAGAGGAUUGUCAUUGCCGCUCGAGACAACUGGGAAAACUACUUCAGCCGACUGUUUCCUGUGAAGUCAGACAGUGGGGAUACUCAGGUUUUGGGUGUGUCUCAUCGUGGGAUUCACUUCUUGAAGGUAGUCAGAGCAUCAGGCAUCAACCCCAAACAUCUCCGUGUGCUUAGAAGCUACAGCUUUGCAGAGUUGCUGUCAGUUGACCUCCAGAAUGCAGAAAAAGUGGAACUAGAGCUGAAGAGUGAAAACUUGGUGCUGCAGUCCACCAGAGCCCCUCAGAUCACAGCCAUGAUCCGAUUAUUCCUUCAGAAGCUCGUCAAGGACUCAGGCCAUGUUGUUGCCCUGAAGAGUUUCGUGACAGAUGACAAGAGUCUGCUCAGUUUCAGCAGGGGUGACAUCAUCAAACUGCUGCCAAUGGAAGGUCUCCAGACAGGCUGGUGUUUUGGCUCCAUGGGAGGGCGCUCUGGUCUUUUCCCAGAGGACAUCACUCAACCCUCUGCAGCCCCAGACUACCACUUUCUCCAACUUGACCGUAGAGAUGAUAGAAGGAAAAGCAUGAGAGGCUCUGGACCUGUCAGCCCACCCAAGGGCCCAUCUCAAGGACCCAUCAGCAGACGCAUGGAUGGCGCUGAUUCAGAGCGGCCCAGCAGAGAGGCCUUGCUCCCGAGCCUGGUCCAGAGAUCAGUACAGAGCUCAGUUCAGGGCUCAGUUCAUGAGUUGGAAGUCAUCUCAGCCAUGACUAAAUUUGCCACUGAGUACUUUAGAGUGGGAACUACAGGUCUGCCAGCCAGUGGAAGGAAUUUUUCAGAGGUGGUUCAACACACAGAGGUCCCCAUACAGGAGUCCCUCAUUCUCUACAGUGAUCCUGAAAUCAAUGAUUUAUCUGUCCAGUGCUUCAUGAAUGUGAUGCAGUUCAUGGGUGACGCGCCACUGAAGAAGACUCAGUCCAGCUGCCUGAGCUAUAUCUUAUUGCUAGGGAAGGAAAAGGAGCUGCUGAGAGAUGAAAUCUACUGCCAGGUCAUCAAACAAACCACUAACAACUCAACCAAAUCCAGCAGUACUCUCGGCUGGCGGCUGCUCAGCCUGAUGACUGGGUUCUUCCCCUGCUCUGGUAUUCUGCAGCCGUAUGUAACGCAUCACCUACACAACAUCUCUCAGGACAGUGAGCACCCAUACCAAGAGCUGGCCUGUGUGUGUCAAGAUAACCUUCAGCGAUCUCUCAAUUUUGGAGGUCGCCGUAACCUCCCCUCACAUAUUGAGAUGGAAGCCAUUCUAGCUGGCAAAACUUCUCGACGUAUACCUAUCCAGCUGCCAGGAGGAGUAGAUUUCCCCAUCAAGAUACACAGCUUCAGUCUUACAUUGGAUGUGGUGACAGAGUUCUGUAGAGAAAUGGGUACCUCAGACCUCGCUGAAAUCAAAGAGUUCUCCAUCUUUGCCAUUAGACUUAAAGACGAGACUGUGCGUCCCCUCCAUGGUACCGAGUAUCUGUUUGACUUUCUGAUGGAUGACAGCUCCAUUUUCUUGUCUCUGAGGAGAGUGAUGUGGACAACCCCUCUGUCCUUCAAGAGUGACCUGUAUGUGGAGUUCCACUACCAGCAGAUCCUACAUGACUACCUGAGUGGGCGGCUGAUUCUUCCUCCUGCUGCAGGUGGUUCCUCAUCAGUCCAGCUGCUAUCUGAGCUGUCAGCUCUGCAGCAUCUGGCUCAGGGACUAGGGAACCAACCCUCACUGCCAGAGAUGAAGGAGUACCUGCCCUCACAGGAGAGGCUCAGCAGUAAAGCUGAGGAGAUCCAUUCAUUCUGUCUGGGUCAGAUAGCUGCCAUGCACUCACUCAGCCCUCAAGACGCCAAAAUACGAUUCAUUGAGUUAAUGAGUGCUCUGCCUUUGUUUGGCUCCAACACUUUCUUGGCCCAGAAGAUCAGUCAGCGUGGCUGCCCGUCCCCAUGCCUGGUCACCGUUAGCCACGGGGGGGUGCUGUUCAUUGACCCUAAAACACAGGAACAAGUGUUUCUGAUUCCUCUGGCUGAUGUGCAGGCCAUGUGCACCAUCCGCCCCAGGAAACGAGGCAAAGCACCUGCAGUCGACAUCAAUUAUGGCAAUCCAGCUCGUCCCAAAAAAGUCACCAUUCAUCUCACACAGGCCAAGGAGUUGUGCCACAUCCUUGCUCUGAUAAUUGAAGAGCUGAUCCGGCCACCAGUUAAUAGCUCCAUUUCAAAUCACCAGUAGACACACACAUACUGUACAUAUACACAGUGCGAGAGAUUUUGUUAAUCACUGUCUUCUGUAAAUGACUUUAGUGUUGACCUUUUUUGUUACUUUAUCCUUUAUUCAGUGUAAAUCCUUGAAUAUUGUGUCACUGAUGAAAAUGGACUAAAUAGAAACAUGAAUAUGCACAUAUAUAUAUUCUCUUCAGUGUAAUGUUGUCUCACAUGUAAUACAUAAAAGAACAUGAGUGAAUGCAGGAGGGAUUGGGAUAAUUCACCAGCUACUGUAUGAAUACCAAUGCCUUGAAUUUAUUCUUUAGUAUUCCCAAGACACCAUUGUAGAAAUAUUAAGUUUGUUAAUCAUCAUUGGAAGUAAAUAAUAUCUUCUGGUAUAAGGUGAAUAUUUUAUAAGCAUUAAAGAAAUAUGUUGAUUCCAUUAA